AUGAGCCGUGUUGUGUGGGCGGCCUGGCGGUGGGGCAGUGCUGUCGCGCGGGGCCCAGCCGGGCGGCCGCUGAGCCAGGCAGCCACCGGCGGUGCCGAGGGUGGCGGUGCUGAAGGUAGCGGCGGCGGCUCAGGGUCGCGGGAGGCGGUGGAGCGGCUGGUGCGGGCGCACCCGGUGGUGGUGUUCAUGAAGGGCAGCCCGGAGCAGCCCCUCUGCGGCUUCAGCAACGCCGUAGUGCAGAUCCUGCGCCUGCAUGGUGUGGAGGACUACAAUGCCCACGACGUCCUACAGGACCCCGACCUCCGCCAAGGAAUAAAGAACUACUCUAACUGGCCUACCAUACCACAAGUAUAUCUCAAUGGUGAAUUUGUUGGUGGCUGUGAUAUACUCCUCCAGAUGCAUCAGAAUGGAGAUCUCGUGGAAGAGCUGAAAAAGCUAGGAAUUCGUUCAGCACUUCUGGAUGCAGAAAAAGACCAAGACAAAAAGUAAAAUGAGGGUUAUGCUAUGACAGAAGUAAAGCAGAUCUUCAAUAAAAACUUGUUACCAGUAAAGCCUUACAUACUUUAGCUCAAAGAAGGCAUCUUUUUGUACUGACACUAAGAUUUAUCUAUGAAUGUGUCAUGGUAGAUGUAGUGAUCUUGACAUUUUGAUUUAUGGAUAUUGUGAAAAUUUGAGUAUAACCACUGCACUGUAAAGCAUACAUUUGUGGAAAUUGAUGUUUUAAAAAAGAAAAAGUUCACUUGUAAAAGCAUUCCCUUCUUGAUUGAGGUGGGAGUAAAUCAAAGGAACUAAUGAUAUUUUUAUGGAUUUUGAGUGUGUGUUACUCUGGUUUUUGAUACAUGAACCUACACAAACAGUAACUGCAUUCCCUUACUCCUUUCAAAAACAAAGUGUUAGUGCAUCGUAACUCUUAGUGAUAAGACUUUCUGAGAGCCUGUAAAACUUCUGUAAUCACAUAUGAUAUAGGAGAAGAGUAGUUUUCAAACAAGGAAAAAGAUUGUAUGAGUGCAUGAAAUAUACUUUUAUUCCAAAGGAUAAAAAUAAAGAGACUUGUACAAAUACGUAUAUAAUAGUGGUCAUUACUUUGUAACUUUAUGAUGGCUUUUAAAAGAUUGCUAAGAAUUGUGCCUAAAGAUUUUAUAAAACAUUUUCUACCUCUUGCAAAGCAGCUUUUUCCCCUGCUUAUAUACUUUGUGUAUCAGAGUUCUGUGGUACUGAUAAAAUGUGGGGAUUGUUUGAAGCUUCAGUAUUCUAGCUUGAAUACUGUAAUCUUGUAGUAUUUGCUAGUUACUAUGUUAAUCUUUUUAUAUUUGUUUCAUUUCCAAGUAUUUUUGUCUUAUUGCUGUCCUCUGAAGACUAUGGUUGUCAAACAUCGGAUUUACGGAUGAAAUGUUUCAUGUAGAUGAGUGCAGUAGAGUGGCUACUGAGUACCUAAGUAUUUCUUUGUGGAAAGUCUCUGAUGUCUUUAAUACCUAUCUAUCCACAUUUCUCUAAGUGAAAACAAAAUAUAUUAACCAGUGCAGCUUCAGCUGUAGAGAAAUACUGCUAAGGCUAAAAGCUAACCAAGCUGUUCUGAAUGCAUUGUGCUUUUUAUUAGUAUAAACCAGUUUGCAUGUGAAUUAAGCUAAUGAUUGGAAAUAAACUGUAUUUUAUAUUUGAUUGAAGUUGACUAUUUGAUUGUCUACAGUAGUUCGUCUUAUUUUAAAUGACAAGUGAAA